UAUGAAGACCUUGCUUGCUUCAGAGAUAUCAAACCCGGUGCCCCCCACCACUACCUGGUGGUGCCAGUGGAGCACAUGGGAAACUGCAAAACACUGAAGGCCGAGCACAUUCCUUUAGUGAAGAGAAUGAUGGAAGUUGGAAAAGCUGUUCUUCAGAGAAACAAUUUUAGUGACUUGAAUGAUACAAGAAUGGGUUUUCACUGGCCUCCGUUCUGCUCAAUAUCCCACUUGCAUCUUCAUGUCCUAGCUCCGGCCAGUCAGAUGGGAUUCUUAUCCAGGCUCUAUUACAGAAUCAAUUCCUACUGGUUUAUCACAGCUGAACAACUGAUUGAGCGACUACAGACUCAAAAUACUGCCCGUUGA